AUGUCCGGUGAACAACCAGUAGAUCCCGUAGAAGAUGAAAUAGAUGCAAAUUACAAACCUCCUCCGGAGAAAACUAUAGAUGAAAUUUUGGCUGCUGAUACUGAAGAUGAAAGCCUAAAAAAAUAUAAAGAAGCCUUGUUGGGAACCGCUAAAUCAGGUUUAAUUGAAAUUGAACCUAAUAAUCCUAGAAAAGUUAUUGUUAAAAAGCUAGUUCUUUGUGUUGCUGGUAGAGAUGAUAUGGAAUUAGAUUUAUCAGGAGAUUUGUCAGAGUUAAAAAAAAAAGUAUUUGUCAUUAAAGAAGGUGUCACAUAUAAAAUACGAAUUGACUUUUAUGUACAAAGAGAAAUCGUUCACGGUCUGAAAUAUGUUCAAAAAACAUCAAGGUUGGGAGUACCAGUUGAUAAGAUGAGUCAAAUGUUGGGAUCUUAUCCACCUAAGACUGAAAUUCAAUCAUACACUACACCACCCCAGGAAACUCCUGAAGGUUUAAUUGCUAGAGGUACUUAUACUGUUCAGUCACUUUUCACAGAUGAUGACAAACAUGAACACCUCAAAUGGGAAUGGUGUUUCGACAUAAAAAAAGAUUGGAAAGAUUAA